AUGUCGAGUCUGGAGCCUACGCCGUCACGCGUGGCGCCGCGCGGUCGCGAUCCGGCACGCGGCGUGUACUACAAGCUCGCGUUCUUCUCUGUCGCGCUGUUCGCCGCGCCCAUCUCGGCCUACUACUUUGCCAAGGACAGGUACCUCGAUGGAAACGCAACGUAUGCGGGAGGUCUGGCUGCCGUGGUCGUCAACAUCGUACUCGCAGCCUACAUCGUAGCCGCCUUUCUCGAGGACGAUUCCGAGCCCAAAGCGCAGCCCAAACCGGACGCAAAGAAGGACCAGUAA